CCAGUCAAAGUGCCCAGUGCCCAGUGGUUCAGUCGGUCCACCGAGGCUCCGAUGUCCGUGUAUUAGAUGUAUUAUAUUAAUUAUUUAUAAUUAGUAUUCUUGUCUAUGGUCCGUGUACCGUGUUAUUAACCAUAGAAAAGUUUUUCGAUUAAAAAUCAAUUUUGAUAUAAUAUCAUGUUUACGAAAUUUACGAAACUACUAAUUACUUAACUUUGAACGAGUCACAGUAGRAUUGUUGGAGACAUAAAUAUCUGAUUCUUUAUAUUUUGUAUUCUAUGACUUGAUCUGUGAACUCUUAACAACACUUGUACAGUAGUGUAAUAGACGCGUACAUAAUUGUGGCUAUAUUUUUAGUUUAAAUUAGAAAUUAUAUARCUAUUUAAAUUAUGUCUGUAAACACGUUUAUCCGUUGGGAAAAUGUAAUGGACAUUUUAACCCAUUACGCUGAGAAUAAUAGUUUUAUGGAAACAUUUAAGCAUACUGCUAAUAAUGAAAAAGUUAAUCUCUGUAUGCAAAAUGAUUUCAUCAGGAACUGUUUGGAAAAAUGGUUGGAUGAUCCAAAGUUUAAUGACAGUCUAAAAAACUCUACCAAAUCCAAAGAGAUUCGACUUUUGGCUAAUGAAGAGUUCAAAAUGAAUCGGCUGGAGUUGUGCUGUAAGCUUUACACCAAAGCGGCUCAGUUUGCUCCAUUUAAAAGUAUAGAAUCAGCAUUAGCGUUUUCUAACCGUUCAGCUAUGUAUCUGAGGUUAAACAAAUAUCAAGAAUGUUUAAAAGAUAUUGAUACCAGUCUUAAUAUAUUGGAAAACUCAGAUAUUAAUGAACAAGAAGUUAAUAAAGGUCAAUUAAUUCUGAAAUUGUUAAAACGUGAAAUUGAAUGUUUAAUAGCUUUGAAACAAUUUAAAACUGCUAAAACUAACUUGGAAAAUAUAUUAGAACUAUCAAAGAAUGUGUAUAAAAUACCCUUAGAAGAUCAAUUUAUCAAGAAAUGCAAAGUUUUGUCAGAUUGUGAUAAAAACUCUAAUAAUGCAGAUAUUGUUGAAAAUUCUAAUGAAACGCUUACAGAAGAUCUAAUAAAAAAAAAACUGUCUACAAAUAAAAUAACUCUUCCGUUUAAAUCUCCUAAAUUGAAGUUAUGGUAAUUUUUGUGAUAGUUGACUAUGUAUUUGUAUUUUGUAAACAGUUUAGUUAAGUAGGUAAAUAUACUCUAGACACUAAUGUAAAUACAAGUACAUAAUUAUGUGUUACUAAGACAUCACAUGUACACGAAACCCAGU